AUGAUCACAAAAAGCAAAAAAGAACACAAAAUCAAAUCAGAGGAAAGUACUUACCAGAUAGCUGACAAAACUCUGUUUUUCCCUUUAACAAUAGGUAUACAAACAAUUGAAGACUACAGAUUUUAUGCCAUAUCUGCUGAGUACCCUGAAUUCAGCAACAAGGAUAAAACUUUAGUUUUCCAAUUUUCUAUCAAACAUGAGCAAAAGCUUGAUUGUGGUGGUAGAUACAUGAAAUUGCUUAGUGGUGAUGUGGAUCAAAAGAAAUUUGGUGGUGAUACCCCUUACAGUAUCAUGUUUGGACCUGAUAUUUGUGGGUAUGCAACAAAGAAGGUUCAUGCAAUUCUCACAUACAAUGGAGAAAACAAAUUGAUCAAGAAAGAUGUUCCUUGUGAAACUGAUCAACUUUCACAUGUUUAUACCUUUAUUCUACGCCCUAAUGCUACUUACAGUAUCGUCAUUGACAAUGAAGAGAAACAAACAGGAAGCUUGUAUAAGGAUUGGGAUCUUCUCCCACCAUGUUUGACGGAUUCUCUCUUUAAGAUCCAAGUGGAAUCAAAAACUGAAUAUGCUCUCUUUGAUUAUCAAGGUUAUGAUGACAUCCCAAAGGAGAUUUCAGAUCCAGAUGCUAAAAAGGAUUGGGAUGAUGAGGAAGAUGGUGAGUGGACUGUUCCAAAUAUUCCAAACCCUGAAUACAAGGGUCCAUGGAAGGCUUAG